UGAGAAAGAGAGAGGGAGCGAGAGCACGCCACUAGCCUGGCCCUGAGACUGCCAGGCCAGCCCACAGAAGGCUGUGCAGCAUGUGGGAGCUCCGGUCCAUAGCCUUCUCCAGGGCUGUGUUCGCGGAGUUCCUGGCCACACUCCUCUUCGUCUUCUUUGGCCUCGGCUCGGCCCUCAACUGGCCGUCGGUCCUGCCCUCUGUGCUGCAGAUCGCCAUGGCCUUCGGCCUUGGGAUCGGCACCCUGGUGCAGGCUCUGGGCCACGUCAGUGGGGCCCACAUCAACCCUGCUGUGACUGUGGCUUGCCUGGUGGGCUGCCAUGUCUCCUUUCUCCGAGCUGCCUUCUAUGUGGCUGCCCAGCUACUGGGGGCUGUGGCAGGGGCUGCUCUACUCCAUGAGAUCACGCCGGCAGACAUCCGCGGAGACCUGGCUGUCAAUGCUCUCAGCAACAACACGACCGCUGGCCAGGCUGUGACUGUGGAGCUCUUCCUGACCCUGCAGCUGGUGCUCUGCAUCUUUGCUUCCACUGACGAACGCCGUGGAGACAACCUGGGCACCCCUGCCCUCUCCAUCGGCUUCUCUGUGGCCCUGGGCCACCUCCUUGGGAUCCACUACACUGGCUGUUCCAUGAAUCCUGCCCGCUCCCUGGCUCCAGCUGUCAUCACUGGCAAGUUUGAUGACCACUGGGUCUUCUGGAUCGGACCCCUGGUCGGCGCCGUCUUGGGAUCGCUCCUGUACAACUACGUGCUGUUCCCCCCAGCCAAGAGCUUGUCGGAGCGCUUGGCCGUGCUGAAGGGCCUGGAGCCCGACACCGACUGGGAGGAGCGCGAGGUGCGGCGGCGGCAGUCGGUGGAGCUGCACUCGCCGCAGAGCCUGCCGCGGGGCAGCAAGGCCUGAGCGCGCCGCCCGCCGGCCUCGACGGCCCGGCCCACCCCGUCCCCCACCUCCCCUAGGUCCGAAGCCCGCCACCAGUGCAGAGGGGCUGCUGGCAGGGCCGCGAGGACUGAGCUGGUAGUGGGCAGGGAGGGGCUGUGUGGAAACGGUGACCCUGGCAGGUCCCCUGUCCUGAGGCUGUGGGUGGCACGUGGAUGACCCUCUGGCUCCUUGCUGGGAUCUGAGGAAACGAGGGAAGAUGUGAGGGAAGAAGAAAGCUCUUCAGAACCUUAGGUGGGGAGUGUACAGACCCUGGGGGGAGGGUGUCUGGGAAUGGUGCACCCCCAUUCUCAAGUGCAGGGUUGUACAUGCCCCUGAGUGUGCAGUGCUGAGGCAAGUGUGCACAGCUGGGGACCUCUCCCUCCCACCUAGGCCCCUCCUCCCGCAGCUGCAAUAAAUCCACUUCUUCUGCAGUGGAUGAACUGUGGAUGCCCAUCAUCCCCAGGAGAAGGGGAGGGGAGGAUCUGAAGGCCACUUUCAGAAGAGUGUAGGAAGGGUCCUGAUUUCCAAUCCCUACCCUGCCCCUCCUGGAAGCUGCAGCACUGGGCCCCAAGACUUACCAGGACUCAUUGCUGGAAGCAGAGAGGUGUGAACUAGAGACCAGGGUCCCUAGAAAUGGGCUCUGGAAAAAGGAGGGCUGGGUAGCUAAGGAUUUCCUUUUUGCCCUGAGGGAUGACCUCUCCAAAGGGGGAAGCAGGUGGUUGGGGCAGGGCGUGUGUGUGUGUGUGUGUGUGUGUGUGUGUGUGUGUGUGUGUGUG